GGCAAGCAACGAAGGAUGUGCCCCGCAACAUGUAUUUUGAGAGCCCUAUAUAACUGCCAGGAUGCCGUUUGCAGUACUAGUUGUCAUCAGAAGAUCGCGUCUCUAUCUCGUGUGCUCGCUGGCUCCUGCUGCAAAAUGACUUCGUUAACAACAAGCCUUUUAUUCACCGCUGCUUAUCUGGUCUUGGCGCCCAACCUUGCGGUCUCACAACUACAAAGGAAUUGCCCAGACAACUAUGUGCUCUUGGCUGACAAAUGCUAUGGCUUUCGGCACACAAUGACUGACUGGAUGAACGCCCGUGCAUCCUGCCUGAACGAGAAUGCUGACCUGACCUCCGUUCUCACGACUCAGGAGUACACGGAGAUUCUGGCGCAUAUAGCUGUUAACUACCCCGGUGUGUACUGGAUUGGCGGCGCCACGAGGAACCAGGGCGCGUGGAGGUGGGUGGCCUCGGGGGCGCCCAUGAAUGAGCAGUGGUGGGGCGGCGACCACAACCCUAACUCACAACGCUGCGCCUACUUCUGCUCUGUUACUCGCAAAUACUGGAGCAGCACAUGCGAGGUGUCCAAGAACUUCAUCUGCGAAAAAAGUGCGGAGACUGAAGUCGACCAAGAAGAAGAAUUUGAACCAGAAGAGGAAGUUGAAACAGACGAGGACUCCGAUCCAGAAAAUGAAGCAGAUGAUGCAGACGCUGAGAGGAUACCUUCCCUUCCCUCUGUAAGGGCGGAGCUGCGGUCUGGAGUUUCGUCCACCACACGAAACGUGGCUUUCCUCGUUUUUCUGUUGAGUUUUUGCGCAGCCAUGGCAUAAUGUAGAUACAUGAGGGACCUUGUGAGCUUGUGACUAAAAUACCUUUUCAGACCCUAUUUGAACUUCAACAUAACCACAUUUGUACAGUACAGCUACAGUACAGUACCGUUAGAAAUUAGUAAUAUAUAUGAAUGUAUCAAUAAGUAAAAGCUAGAGCCAGAAGUGAUUCGGUUCGUGUGAUUUGCGUUAUCCAGAAAUGUAAUGACAUUAAGUACAUUCAUGCAGUUGGCAUGGUGUGAUAAUAGCCCUGCUGAUAGGUGGAGCAAUCUCCUAUUAUUAUUAUUAUUAUUAUUUUUUAUGUUACUACAUACCCCCUUUUUCUUCCUCCUUUGCAUUAGACAUACCUUUUUGUUGUUGAUGCUCAUAUGUCAUUUUUUAAAAAGUGAACAGUUGAUAAUUCUUUGGUGUUUCACUAACGAGUAACUUUACUGUACUGUAGAGUCGUUACUUUCAAUAUCUUUGUUAAACUUAAAUUUGGUCACCAUACCUAUGUAAUAUGUAUAUAAACAUGAUUGUAUCUGUCAUUGAUAUAGUACAAAUAAAACAGACAAAGUAUCCCCAUGAAA